AUGGAGUCUACUCUGCACUCCAAAAAAGCUCAGGGAAUCAAAGUGAACACACCUGUCGAGGUGCACCCCCGAGCAGAUGCCAUCCGGUCUAAGCUGAUCUAUACUUUCUACCUGAUGGAUCACCUGAGGGGACUGAGUCACGCUGUGCCCCGACACAACAUACGAGAUUUCCUAGACCCCAGGAAAAGGAGGAAGCUCAUGCUCACAGACCACCACCAGCUGGUUCGAUUUAAUGUGUUGCCUGUUCGGAAUGUAAUGGUCACUCAAGAGAAACGCUGGGGCAACCGUAUUGAGGUACGAUGCAGUCACUGGCCCCCAUUUGCCUUGUGGGCUUCUUGGAUCUUGAACAACAAAAUGUUCAACAGCUUCAUCAUCUUCCUCAUUAUUUUGAAUAUGAUUGUGCUCAUGAUUUCAUCAGAAAUAGUGGAGAGGGAGGAAAGCCGCUUUGUAAAACUGAAGAUAGCAGUAGAAGUGAUUGUCUGGGUCAUUGUGCUGAUCUUUUGGGGUGAGAUUAUACUUAAUUGGACUGUUAGUUUUCAGCAGUACUGGAAAAACUCUUGGAAUGUCUAUGACUUCACAGUCACUUUCAUAUCCUUCAUCCCUGAGUUUAUUUACGUUUCAUACAAGGCCCACAGCCCAACGGCCAUGAGGCUCCACCAGGUUUGCCGUGUGUUGCGCUGCUUAAAGCUUUUCCCCAGAAUCCAACAGAUGAGGGUCCUCAUCAUGGCCAUUGCCAGAGCAUUCAAGGCCAUGACCUUCAUCCUUGUGCUCCUACUGUUCAUCUUCUAUUGCUUUACUGUAUCAGGCAUUUUCUUCUUUGAGAGUUUUAGUCGCUCAGACCAAGAUGACCUUGAGUAUCAGGUGUAUUUUUCAGACAUACCAAAUUCUUUUGUGACCAUUUUCAUUCUUUUCACUAUGGAUCACUGGUAUGCAUUGUUGCAGGACAUGUGGUCAGUCCCACAGGUAAACAAGGUCAUCAGUGGUAUCUUCAUUUGUAUGUGGCUUCUCAUUGGGGCAUUCAUCUUCAGGAACCUCCUUGUGGCUAGCAUGGUCACUAAUUUCCAGAACAUUCGAAGUAACCUUACAGAGGAAGCUAAGGAGAUUGAGAGCCAGCAACAAGCAAACAAAUUUAAGUUGGAGCUCAUGGAAAUGAGAUACAAUCAUUCCCAGGGACAAUCCUAUAAGAGCAGCACAAUACAGGAAAAGAUGAGCACAGAGUCAAUAGUUCCUUCGGAAUAUCCGGACUACAGUUUACACGAAUUCUACACUGGACCAUUGGAUUGGGAAUCCUACAUACACAAGAACCUGCAAGGUCUAUAUGAGGCUGAUGAGUCUGAGAAAGUAGUUUGGCCUCGGGAUACGCUCUUCCGCUACUUUGAGUUGUUGGAGAAGCUUCAGUACAACCUGGAUGAGCGGAGACAGCUUCAGGAAUAUGUUGUAUUAGCUUUGUCAAACUUUGAGGAUAAAUAG